ACGAUCUUCGUGAAAAGAUAUCAGCAGACGAAAAACAUUCACGCCGCCCGUUAACGGCAUCAACAAUGAAACCGUCACUGCUCUUCCAACUAUUUCGGCCUCCUUUUCACCGAGUGACGAGACUUUCUAGCCGCGUCACUCACGCCAACUCGUUUGCUUUGAGGAGCCACACAUGCGGUGAGCUGCGAAAGUCGGAUGUCGGUCGAAAAGUGAAACUAAGCGGAUGGGUCCAAUUCCAGCGAAUGAAUAAGUUCGUGUUGCUGCGCGAUGCCUAUGGCGUAACGCAACUGGUGGUUCCUGAUGAGAAGUUGGAUGUCCUGGACAAAAUACGGAGUACUCCUCUGGAAUCAGUUAUUUCUGCCAAUGGGAAAGUUGCAACGAGACCUCCAGGGCAAGACAAUCCUAAUCAACUCACAGGAGAUAUUGAAGUAAUAUUGGAUGAUGUUGAGGUCCUCUCAAGUUCCAUUUCAAACUUGCCCUUUACAGUGCAAGAAUCUCCCAAGGUGAAAGAAGCAUUGCGAUUGGAAUACAGAUACUUGCAGUUGAGACAUGAGUCCUUGCAAAGAAAUAUCAGACUACGGUCAGAGAUUGUCAUGAAAAUGAGAGAAUUUCUAGUAAGACACCAUGGCUUUGUCGAUAUCGAGACACCAACACUGUUUAGACGAACCCCCGGGGGUGCUCAAGAAUUUGUGGUUCCUACCCGAACAUCGGGUAAAUUUUAUUCGCUAGUCCAAAGUCCACAGCAGUUUAAGCAGUUGUUGAUGAUUGGUGGGUUCGAUCGUUAUUUCCAAAUCGCUCGUUGUUACCGUGACGAGGGAACCAAACCCAACCGGCAACCGGAAUUCACGCAGGUCGACAUUGAAAUGUCUUUCACAACAAAGGAAAAUAUUCAAAGAUUAAUCGAAGGACUGUUAAAUCAUGUUUGGCCCGAAGAUAUGGGCAGGGUACCCAUUCCUUUUCCUGAAAUGACCUACAAGGACGCCAUGAAGAAUUACGGAGUAGACAAACCCGACACCCGUUUCGAUGUUCUGCUGCAAGACGUGACGGAGCUCGCCAAGGCCAGUGAAAUUUCUCGCAUAUUUGGCACUUCUGAGAUUGUGGAUUUCGCUGCAAUCGCUUUGGUUUUCAAAGACUCGGCGGCUUUGAUUUCGAAAAGUGCCGAGCAGUCAUUUCUCGAAUCCGCCAAAAUGACAACCGGUAAAACCAAUCUGUCUUUCGUUCUUAAUCGCAUACAAGACGGCAACAAAUGGAAAUCGUCUUUGGCCAAAAAACUUGCGCAAGAGACCAUGAACUCCAUCGGCGAUCGUUUGGGUGCGUCGGCAGGCGAUGUUGUUUUACUCGGCCUUGGACCCAGAGAAAGCUUGGUUCCUUCUAUGGGCAAGAUGCGACUAGAGGUGGCCAAUCACCUUGAGACGCUCGGCGUCAAGUUGCGUUCAAAUAGCAAGAACUUUCUAUGGGUGGUCGAUUUCCCUUUAUUUCUACCGUCCGAGGAGCUAGAUGGCGGUCCACUACAAUCGGCUCACCACCCUUUCACGGCACCGCAUCCCGAAGAUGAACAUCUUUUGCGAUCAUCACCGCUAGACGUACGUGGACUGCACUACGAUUUGGUGCUGAACGGUUCAGAAAUCGGCGGAGGUUCGAUCCGCAUCCACCAGUCCGAUGUUCAAGAGUUGGUGUUGAAGGAAAUUCUUCAGGAGGAUCCGGCCAACUUGCAUCAUUUGCUUAAAGCGCUCUCUUGUGGCGCCCCACCGCACGGAGGAAUCGCCCUUGGUUUAGAUCGACUCAUGUCGAUUAUAUGUGAUACCAAAAGCAUUCGUGAUGUCAUCGCUUUUCCGAAGAGUCUGGACGGGAAGGAUCUGAUGUCUGGUGCGCCUUCGUCGAUCUCAGAAAAAGAAAAAGAAAUGUAUCACAUCGGCGCCGUUCAUAACAAAUAACUGCUCCUCUCUUGAUAAUUGUUUUUGCAGUGGCCGUACAGCCAUGAAAAGCAAGUAAAGUUUUGUUUUUCUAUUUUGUUAAAAAUGAAGCUGUUGCCGAAAGUAUACACAUCUCUGUACACAUGA